AUGCUCGAGAAGAAAGGCUCAAUAUAUUCUGACCGUCCUACGCUCUUCGUUGUGGGCGAACUCAUAGGUUGGGUUCGCUCCGUCGUCUUCUCGCCGUAUGGCCCGCGUCUCCGCGAUAUGCGCCGUCUUUUCGCGCAGCUGCUCGGUUCACGCAAAAGCGCGUCGCGGUACAUGUCUCUCAUAGAAACUGAGACGCGUCGCUGCAUGGUGAGGUUCCUGCACCUGUCAGAGCACGGCGAUGUCGACAUAGUGAAACCGGUGAGGAAGACAUCUGGGGCCAUCAUUCUUGCAAUUUCGUUCGGAUAUCAAGUUAAGGAGAGCGAAGACCCUUUUGUGAACACCGCCGAAGCAGUCAUGGAGGAAUUCUCUGUGGCUUCAGCCCCUGGCGCAUUCCUGGUUGAUAUCCUCCCCAUUCUCCAGUAUCUUCCAGAAUGGAUGCCGGGUGGUGGUUGGAAGAAGAAAGUUGCGGCCUGCGCGAAGAAUUUCGACGCAAUGUACGAAAAGCCGAUUGACUAUGUUAAGAAACAGCUGGCGGCGGGGGUGGACGCACAGUGCUUCGCAGCCAUACACAUCGGGGCUGGCGUUGACUCUGCACGCGAGGAACUCGUUAAGAUGGCUGCACAUGGGAUGUACGCUGGAGGGGCAGAUACUACCGUUUCCACGAACACUAGCUUCAUCCUCAUGAUGAUGCUGCACCCGGAUAUACAGAAGAAGGCACAGGCGGAGGUUGACGUGGUCGUCGGUCCUGACCGUUUUCCUGAACUUGCCGAUCGUAACGAGCUCCCGUACGUUUCUGCGCUUUGCUCGGAGAUUCUACGAUUGCACCCUGUUGUACCGUCGGGCAUCAUUCAUCGCCUGACUGAGGACGAUGUGCAUGCGGGGUACUUCAUACCAAAAGGAACAUACGUAAUUGCUAACAUCUGGCAGCACCUGCAUGACUCUCGCGUGUAUUCGGACCCCUUCACAUUCAAGCCUGAAAGAUUCCUAGGGAAAACACCUGAGCGGGAUCCCCGAGAUUUUGUUUUUGGGUAUGGGCGGCGCAUCUGCCCUGGUAACCACCUUGCAGAUCUCUCUAUCUUUACUUUCUGUGCCACGAUUCUCGCCUUGUUCGACAUCUCGCCCGGGACUGCGCCCGCGGUCGAUCUUCAUAAGGUGCAGUACACCACUGGAACUAUAAGCCAUCCCCCGCCGUUCGAAUGUUCUUUGAAGCCGCGAUCGUCACAGGCUGAGGCACUGAUUCGAUCGCUUUCUCCGGACGAGCAGCAGUGA